AUGAAGACUGCACUAAAGUGUAAUAUUGCUGAUUGUCAAUGCGAACAGUUUUUUCCUGGUAAUAGUUGUAAUUUAUCAGUACGUUCAUGCGACGAAUGUAAACAUAGUUUUGUCAAUCACGUUAUUAAUUUAAAUGAAUUAGACACUGAUGAUAUUAUAAAACAUUUAGCUGCCGAACACAUCUAUGAAUUAUGUACACUGUGUCUAUACGGUACAACGGUAAUAUCGCCACGUAUUAAAAUUUUACUUGAUCGAAUAUUAGAUACAUUAACUCAAGCUGAACAAGAUAAUAUAUUGAAAUCUUUAAAAUGGUCUAUUGAUGAUUAUGAAAAAUCUUAUAUAGAACAUAAUUUCACUAAUUCAUCAUCGAAUUUCAAUUUAAUAAUGCCAUCAUCCGACGAAGAAGAUCAAUAUUUAUUACCCCAAUUUCUUCGUUUUGAAUCAACUCGUUUACUUGCACAAUACUUUCUUCAAGUAGCUCAACAACAACAACGUAUCACUCCACAUUGUCCAUCAUCAAAUGGUCGUUCACCAUCACCUCCAGCAACUGAAUCAAAACCAACAGUUCUUCCAUCAGGCAAUCUGUCUUUAUCAGCACCAGCACCAGCACCAGCACCACCUCCUCCAUCAAUAAUAUCACCGGCAGCGAAUAUGUUACUUCGUCCACCGGGACCAUUUCCAUUUCCAUCACCGUGGCCAUCAACCGACAUGCAAAUGAUGAAUUUUCUUAUGGCACAACUUUCAAAUCCUUUAAUGAUGAACUAUGAUUUCCGUCGUAUUGGAAAUAAUCUUCUGCCAACAGCUGCAGCCGCAGCAACUGCUGCCGCGGCUACACGCAAUAUUCCAUCAGUUUCAAUUCCAAAAAUAAAAGAAGAAUCCAAUGGUAAACAUUAUGAUCUACCUGAAAUAAAUAACAAUCAAAUCGAUAGAAAAAACUCCAUGAAACGUAAACGUAUUUGUUCACCAUUAAAUUUAUCAACAACAUCACGUUCACCAACUGAAUUACCGGCAUCAAAUGAAUCGAUUGCCCGUAUAUCAGAUAGUUCACUAUCAUCGAAAAGUAGUUUAACAAAUAAUAAUCAUACAAACAAUUCAUCGACAACAACAACACCAACAACAACAACAACAACAUCAACAUCACGGAAACGUCUUUCAUUAAGUGAACAACGUGUUUUAAUAAGUCCACACGGUAAAAAGCGUGUUCAAUGUAAUGUAUGUAUGAAGACAUUUUGUGACAAAGGUGCACUUAAAAUUCAUUUUUCGGCUGUACAUUUACGUGAAAUGCAUCGUUGUACAACACCCGGUUGUACCAUGAUGUUUUCAUCACGUCGUUCAAGAAAUCGUCAUUCAGCAAAUCCAAAUCCAAAAUUGCAUUUACCAAGACCAAACGCAAUGUCUCAUCGAUAUCAUACAACGGGUCCGAUUAUAUCUGAUGGUAAACACCAAUCGCAAGUUAAUUUAUAUAUGGAUGAUGAUGACGAUGAUAAUAUUUCAUCGAACAUUUCUUCAUCCAUGGAUGAUCAACACGAAGAUGAUCGAGCAGAAGAAGAACUUGUAUCAUAA